CAGAAUCGAUCCCCGCUCUUCGCCUUUCGGCCGCCUCACGCCUUCCCCUUUUAAGCCUCCCUUCGGUCUCGUCGUCCCUGCCCACCCCACCCCACCCACGUACGCCAUCGUCGUCGUCGAUCCGUCCAUCCAUACGAUCCGCCUGCCCGACGGUCGAUCGGUCGGUCGCUUGCUUUCUUGGGUUGUUGCUGCGAGGGGCGAGCUACAGCCCGGGCAUGGCGGAGGAGCAGAGGUGGCAGGAGGGGCACCGCCUGUGCGCCAACAACUGCGGCUUCUUCGGCAGCCCCGCCACGCUCGACCUCUGCUCCAAGUGCUACCGCGACCGGCAAGACCGAGGCGCGGCGCGCCCGUCUGCCGCCCCCUCGGCGCUGUCGUCGUCUCCUCCGGCGUUCUUGCCUUCCUCCUCUGCCACGGAGGCCGCCGGCCUCGUCGUUGCCGUUGCCGCUGCCGCGGCCGCGCCCUCGCCGUCACCGGGCGCGAAGGCGGGCAGGUGCGCGAGCUGCAGGAAGCGGGUGGGGCUGACGGGGUUCGCGUGCCGGUGCGGGUCCACGUUCUGCGGCGCCCACCGGUACCCCGAGCGGCACGCCUGCGGCUUCGACUUCAAAGCCGCCGGCCGCGACGCCAUCGCGCGCGCCAACCCGGUCAUCAAGGGCGACAAGCUCAAGGACAAGAUCUGAUCCCCCACGCCGGAGCAACGCUAGGUGGAUUCCAAAUUACUACUACCAUGUCUCUGUAAGCUCGCCGGCCGGCGGCGAAAUCGCCAGCCGUGCAGCAUAUGCAUUCGACUGAAACCAAAAACGAAAAUCGGUUUCGCGUA